AUGCCCGAAUGGCACUCUUCGGAGGAUAAAAUUUUGAAUGAAGCAGUUUCUGGGAAUGACACAAAGAUUGCCCAACAAGCAAUUAGAUCAUCAGGCAACCGUUUGGAAGAAACACAAACUUUCGCUGUGUUUCAAGAAGAGCUCGAAGUUAUCGAUGAACUAGACGAUCCUGUGGAUGUUUGGCAUCGCUGCGUGGAAUGGCUAGAUUCGACGCAAUAUUUAAAAGAAAACAUAUUACCGAAAGUUUUGGAUGAUGCUCUUGCUUACUUGGAGAAAUGUAAGUUUGCUCAAAACGAUGUUCGACAUUUACGUAUUUGGCUUGUCAAAAUACAUCGAUUAUGCGCUUCUCCCGAGACGUUCCCUAAUGCUGCUCAUGAGUUUUAUCAUUUAGCAAGCAAGCGUAUUGGGAUAGAGUUAUCUUUGUUUUACGAGGAAUAUACUUCAUUAUUAAUUCGCAUGCAGCGAUGGAAAGAAGCUUCAGAAGUAUUACAGACUGGCAUAUCGCGAGAGGCUCGUCCUUUAACUCGACUUCUCCGACAUGCCUCAGAGUUUUCAAAUGUGUAUAAUGCUUACUUAAAAAAGCUUUCAGAUGAAAAUAUACCGUUGGAAUCAGUUGCUUAUGAAACUCCAUUUCCUCCACCCAGGACCAUACUCGGAACCAAAGCUAGUACGGUUGCAACUUCUACUUCUGAGCAGCCAUCUGCGCGAGAGCAAAAUGUUCCUCAAGCCACUAAGCCUUUUCAAAUCUACUCUGACGCUCCUGCUCCUCACCCUGAACAUUCUGUCGCCGCGGCAUCGGCGGCUCCAUCUUCCAAUGUUGUUGGUGAACAGGAACCUGAUCUUCCUAUGUUUUAUGAUGCUACUUCUGGAAAACGGAUUGAGUAUGCUUCUUUUCGCUUUCCUGUUUUAUAUGCGAAUGGACAAGAAAAAUCAAUGGAAGAGUACAGAGCUGAACGAUAUUUUGAUUCAGUUUCCUCAUCAUUGCAAGCUCCUGAUUCUCAGUCUUUUGCUGUUCCUGUGGGUCCUUCUCUAUCCACUCUUCAUCAACAAGCUCCACAAACGACCCCUAAAAAGGAAGUGUUUGAUGUUUUAACACCCGUCGCGCUUUCACCAAAACCCGCUUUUAAACCUCCUUCUCCCACCAUUCAUACAAAAGCUGCUUUGGCAGAUAUAAUGGAUCUUUUUAACCAACCACUCCGGUCUGAAACUCAACAGACGCCUCCAAAAUCCCCUAUUCCAAAUCAAUACUCUGAUUUUGGUACCCCAGCUAACGUAACAAAAACUAUAUCAUUUAACGAGCUUUCUUCUGUAAAAGAAGAUGCGGAUAGGAAUGCGAAGCCUUCAUCGCUAACUGGUCAUUUCGCUGAGAGUUCUUACGAGACUAAAGAACACAAAAGUCAGUUACCCCAUUCGCAUUUGCCAGAUUUCCAAUCGUUUCCAGGAUUACCUGGUGAUACCUUUGUUAAUGAAUCGUCAAUUCCAGCGAUUUCUAACGACGCAAAGCGGAGGCGAACAUUUUCAGGAUCUCCUCCUUCAGUCCCUUAUAAAAGCCAUUACGAAUCUAUCCCUCACUUUGAGGAACGACCCGUGGAACCAACAAACGGAUUUACGGUUAACCCAGUUUCUCUGCCCUUCAAUGAAAACAACGACCUUCACACAGUGAAUCCCUUCCUACAAACUGAAGCUCUCGCAAGAUUUAACGAGCACGAUUUACUUAGCAUAAAUGAACCCAUGAAGCACCCUGUUCUGCCUUCUUUACCUACUACCAUUCAUCCCCUCGACCAAUCUCUGCGCGACUGUUUAUUUCAAGCACUACGUCCCUAUUUAAAAUUUGAUGAAAACUAUCAUGAGAUCGAUAGUAAUUUUACUAGUCUAGAAGCUAUCGAAUCUUUUGUUCAUAAACCAAAAGCUACGACUAGUGGACGUGGUAGAAGACGAAGCAAUAGCACUCGUCUUAGUUUAUUAAGCAGCCCCAGUUUUCCUUUGCUUUAUCCUCCGAAUGUAAAAAUUGGAAUCAUAAGUAAACUUGGACAAGGGGCUUUUGCUCCGGUUUAUCUUGCUAAAGAACUUCCCUUAGAAAGCGAGAUUUCUGAAAAAAAAGAGAACGGGACCAUCGAUUCAAAAUUAUACGCAUUAAAGAUAGAGAGUCCAUCUUCUCCUAUUGAGUAUUAUUUGACACAGGAAGCUCGAAGGCGGAUGAGCGGUGACAGAGAUAUUGAUUCCAUACUUCCCGUUUACUAUUUAAGUAUGUAUCAGAAUUCAAGCCAUUUGUUAAUGGAAUAUCGACCACAAGGAUCGGUUUUGGACCUGGUGAACUCAUUACGAAACUCUUCCAGUUCUGUUCCAGGAAUUGAUGAGAUGUUAGUAUUUUUUUUCUCGAUAGAAUUCUUGAGAAUCAUUGAAGGGUUGCAUUCACAGCAAAUAAUUCAUGGGGAUUUGAAGGCUGACAAUGCAUUGCUGCGCUUGGAAACUGUGAAUGAUUUGGAAUGGGAUCCUAGCUAUUCUCCUGAAGGGUAUUGCGGUUGGUCUUCAAAAGGAAUUUUUCUUAUAGAUUUUGGUAGAGGCCUCGAUAUGUCAUUGUUUAAACCAAAAACAAAAUUUAUGGCAAAUUGGGAAACCGACUUGCAAGAUUGUAUAGAAAUGCGUGAGGGCGAGCCAUGGACGUAUCAAGUUGAUUAUCACGGACUAGCCGCUAUCAUUCACACAAUGCUUUUUGGACAAUAUAUAGAGACAAGACUUGACUAUUCUACUGGUCAGAGAAGGCAAGUAUUGACUCAGCGGAUGAAACGGUAUUGGAACCAAGAAAUUUGGAAUCAGCUAUUUGACGUUUUACUGAACCCUACGUUGCAAACGACAGAAGGUAAUCUUCCCAUUCCGGAUCAAUUAAAGGGUAUACGGUUAGAAAUGGAGAAAUGGCUUGUUUAUCAUUCCACAAGUGGAAUCGGACUGAAAGGCAUGCUAAAAAAAAUUGAACAAAAGCUUGCUAGCUGA